UCCGGACGAGGUUUCAAGGAUAAUCGUAACAGUACACAAAUUAAUUUAAGUUUGAAAGAUGAUCCAAAUGAACUCGAUGAUGCCCGGAUGCAAUAUCUAUGCCUUGAUUGUGCCCAAAAACUUAAAGACGUUUAUGAUUUUAUUGAAAAGGCGAGAAGGGCUGAUAAUGAAUUACGUUGCACACAAACGGAAAAAGUGAAGAUAGAAAGUAUAGCCAACACUUUUGAAUGGGUUCCAGUACAUGAAGAGCUAAUGGAAGUAACUAAGAUGCCAGAUACUGUAGAUAUGGAUCACGUAGAGGAUAUAAAAGUAUCACCAGAAUGGAAUGAACAUUUUAUGGAUGAUGAUGAAACAUCUGCAUCAAAUGAUAUCGAACACGAAAUAAAUAUUGAUAAAAAACUUAGUACUGACACUACAACAACAACAAAGCUUCUAGUUGAAUCGGAUAAGGAUAUGCAGAGCGGCAAUAACUUAAAUGAAGCUGGGCUGGUCUUAUCGAAAAAAAGUAAACAACUCAAUCUUGCUCAUACAAGACCUAAAAACGUAAAGAAAACAAACAUAGUAAAAUCCGAGGUGAAAACAAAAAAGAAAGUCAAGGACAUGUCUGAGCCGGUGAAGUGUGAAGAAUGUGGGAAAAUAAUGAAGAGAAGCUCAUUAAAAAAACAUAAGCAACGUCAUAAACCAAAAACUUUUCUUUGUCAGGCCUGCCCAAAAACAUUUAAGGAGUCAUGUGCCCUAAAAAAUCAUGAGCUCUGUCACAAUGAGAAUCGGGAAAGAUUUCCGUGCGACAUCUGUAACCAAAGCUUUUUAACUCCGUAUACAUACAAAAAACACAGGCUAACGCACGAAACCAACCGCAAACCAAUAUAUCAAUGUGCUCAGUGUGAAAAAUCAUUUCUUCAUAAAAAUGGUCUAACAAUCCACGAGCUCCAUCACAAGGGAGCUACGAUAGAAUGCCAAGUUUGUCAAAAACGUUAUGUGCGGCAAAUAGACCUAGAUGUUCAUUUACGCACUCAUUCUGGAGAAUCGCCAUUUGUGUGUCACCUUUGUGGAAAAUCUUUCAUCCACAAACGUAUUUUAAAUAGGCACAUGCAGUACCUUGGAUAUUUCAGUUACAAGUGCGUGAUUUGUGGUUCCAAAUUCUCCAAAUUAUGAUCAAUACUAUAAUCAUCGCAUGC